UGGGUGACAGUAGGAGACACAUCGCUCCGGAUAUUUAAGUGGGUCCCAGUGACCGACCCCAAAGAGGACAAAUCCAAAUCAAAGAAUAAUCUUGAAUCAAAAGGUACAAAGGGAGACAAAGGAUUUCCCCAGUUGCCAGUGUCUGACAACAGCUCAUCACCCAUCCUGCUGGAAAUGAAUGAUGAGAAUAGUAACCAGAGCUCGCUGUCAGAUGCCUACCAGGUAAAAGUGGACAGCAGCACCAGCCCCAGCCCCAGUCCUGAGCAGAGUGAGCCUGUCAGCCCGGCGAUUCUGUCUGACUUCAAAGCAGAUGAUUCCCAGCCCCCCAUGCUGGGACAGGAGAGUAUGGAAGAACCUUCCCUUCCUUCCUCAGAAGUAGGAGAUGACCCACCAAUGCUCACAAAGGAGGAGCCGGUGCCCCAGCAGCCUCAGGUUGUGGAAGAAGAUGAUGAAUGUUCUGGAGCACCUCCACUGAAGAGGAUUUGCACCGGACAGAACUCAGUGGUCCAGCCUGUAACUGAGAGUUAGCCCAGCGGUAUUCAUCCUCACCGCUCUGUCAAGCUGGCUCAUGUUUGGUUCCCUCUGACUUACCGUCAAGUGACUGACGCAUGGAAGAAUGAUAUUUAUUUUGUAGUUUGGAUUAGCUUGUGAUGGAAAAGAUUAGGAAUUUUGGCGUAGAACCAUUGAAUUUCUGUAAUGUGGGAUUGUGUCCUUUUGUAACUCAAGGGGUUGGGUUUAAAACAUGGCCCCAGUGGGCCUCUUAUUUGACACUGAAGUGCCUCCAGUUCUAGCGAGCUGACCGAGAUGUGUUUGUGCUGAAGAACGGCUUUGGACUUCACCCAUGAAUGCAUAGUGUUUGUCGUCAACUCCUAGCCAUACAUUUAAUGUAAAAUUAGGCAUUGUUGCCUUCAGCCAAGAUUGGCACAAUCAGUGGCCCAAAGUAAGGUGCACUUAGGACACCUUGUACCUCAUCAGAAUUUUUUUUUGUGUGUUUUCCUUUUCAGGAGCUCUCAAUUGUAAUAAAUACUCCUGAAAUAAACACUAAACUUUGUGGGUGAGGGGCAACUUUACGUUUACACCCAUGACUUUACCCUGGGAUUGUGGACCGCAUGAAGAGUGUGUCAGUCUCUCCAAGACUGUGGUAGCACACUCAAAGCAGCACGUUGAAAGGAUUAAGUCAUCCUGUCAGACCUUUAGGUUUCUUCCCAGACCCACGCACUGUGGAUUUGGAAACAAAAAUGAAGUCAAACAUGUGGUUCCAGUCAGUGAGUUAUGAAUUGAAAGCCUCAUAGCACAUAACAGAUGCUGCAAUUGCUUUGUGGAGAAGCAAUGCAGUAUUUGUUCAGAAAGGCUGUGUUUAAUCAUCACAAUUAUGCUGUCAGUAAAUCUACAUUGGGGUUUAUAAAGGGGAUUGGUUAACUGAUUGGACAAUUUACCAACGUGAAGGUUUAUCAGCAGUUAGUACUCUCCGCUGAGGAUAGCUAAUUCAGGUGCUGAUUCUCUGAUUUAGUUUCUGUGCCCUCACCCCAUGUUAGGAGAUCUUAUUUGGCUCCUUUGGCCGAUAAUAAGAUAAUAUUCUGUGUGAAAUCAACAGGAUUGAAGCUAUGCACAUUGAGGCAUACCUUCCCUAACAGAAGUUUCUCUCAGUUAGUGCCUCUUCUUCGUAAGCAGUACCUAUUCUGUCUGACAUGAAAACUAAGUCUUGCCUUGCUCCACAUACAACCAUUCACUCUGGGUUCAGUAGUUAAUUGAAACUGGCUAGUUGGUGCCAAUAAAACUCUUCCUAGGUGGUUUGUUAACCAAGUUUCCACAGAGGGGAAUUUUAAAUGGUUAGAAAUGCAAAAUAAUGUAAUGAAACAUAGAAAUCCUUUACAGUUUAUGAAAAACUACAGCUUUCAAUAUCCAUUUUACAAUUGGCUUUUUCUGCCCUCCUACACGUUUUCCCUCCUCAGGGGGAGGUAUCUCACUGCAUCUUGCUGUAGACUCUAGAUUUUAAACCACUGGGUCCUUUGGUUAGGUUUCUGAGAGCUGAGAAGUCAUAAUAUUAAUAAUAAUAAUAAUAGGGGAAUAAAAAUCUUAUCCCUACAGAACUUUCAAUGGAAGUGAAGCCAGGAAUAUGUGAAAACAUUUCCGAUUGUAUUUUCUAAAGAAAAUGCAGAAGAGAUAUAUUUUUGAAUACAAAAGAGCUGAACAGAAGUUGAAUAUUCAGUUUGAAGUUUAAUAUUUUUCUUUCUGAUUGCACUUCCUGCGCGCUUUUGAAGAUUACUAGUUGUGUUUGCCAAUUUUCUCCCCUCCUCCUCUCCUGUAGGGGUGUUGAUUCCUACCGGGGUACGAUUCCACAGACACAUGACACUGGGUAUAUCAGCCAAGUGUCCGUUCAUUGUGUGUGAGUGAUG